AUGAGUCACAGGAUGGAUGACAGGUUCGGCUUCCCGCACAGACUCGCUCAUGAUACGUAUUCACAACACAAGCCGAGACGAUCGGAAUUAGAAACCAGGAAGACUUCUACGGAUAUGAGCUCAACAAUCCCCAGAUCUGGAAAGUGCAAUGAGAAAGAGUUAAUGCAUGGCUUGAACGACCGACUUGCAGGUUUUAUAGAGAAGGUGCACCAGCUGGAACAACACAACCAGCUCCUGGAGAGAGAAAUUGAAGACAUUAGAGGGAAAGUCAAGCCCGCAUCUUGUUUGCAGGAGGAGUAUGGCCCAGAGCUGCGGAGACUGAGGCAGCUGGUGCAGGAUAUCACCCAUCAGAAGAACCAAAUUGAAAUCGAACAUCAUAAUCUGGAGGAAGAUCUUUCCACCUUGAGGAGACAGCAUGAGCGAGAGACAGAGAGUAGAUCAGAGGCUGAGAGCAACCUCAUGGUCCUGAAGAAAGACAUGAGCGACGCAUAUCAGGCCAAACUACUGUUGGACAGUAAAGUGGAGUCCCUUGUGGAUGAAAUCAACUUUCUGAAGGGGAACCACAAGGCCGAAGUGUCAGAGAUGUUUGAUCAGAUCCAAAAUGCUCAGGUCAAAUUUAAAGCGCACGAAUUUGGCCACUCCGACGUCACCGCGGCACUCCGUGACAUCAGGAGGCAGCUGGAAAGUCACACCGUGUCCGACGUCAAGCAGGCCGGGGAAAGUUUCCGAGCUCAGUUCGCCAGACUGACGGAGGCUGCCGAGGCCAAGAGAGAGGCGCUAAAAGCGAGCCAACAGGAGAUCCAGGAGUACAAGAAGCGUCUGCAGGCCAAGAGCAUUGAGAUGGACUGUGCUAAAGGCACCAGAGAAGCUCUGGAGAAGCAACUUCAUGAUGUCGAGGAUCGCCACAAGGAGGAACUCAUUCACUAUCAGAAUACAAUCAAAGAGCUUGAAAAUGAGCUUAUAAACUGCAAAUUUGACAUGUCUGGCUACCUAAGGGAGUACCAUGACCUCCUGAAUGUGAAGAUGGCUUUGGAUGUGGAGAUAUUGUCCUACAGGAAACUCCUCUGUGGCGAGGAGGCUCGGCUGUCCGCCAUCUCUGACCCCCAUGUCCCCUUGCCCCAUAUCUACCAUCAGUCACCAAUUUACACCCUCCCUAGCUUCAGUCGCCCAGGAGUCACACAAAGACGAGCAGAACCCAAGUACAAGUUUGUGGAGGAGAUCAUAACAGAAACCACCAGGGAGAUCGAGAUGACAGAGUUUGAGGAGACAGGAUCAGAACAGACAGAUGUGGGGAAGGAUGAGCAGGAAUGUGGAAAAAGUGAGAGAGGGGGCAGCAAAGAAGAGGGUGAUCAUAAGGACAGUCGACAGGAUGAGGGAAACCAGAUGUCUGAUAGUCAGCAGAGUCAAGUAGCAUCAGAUGAAAGGUUGGAGAGGGAAGAUGAUGAUGCAAAGAUAGCUGAUAACGUGGAGGAUGAUAAUAAAACGCAAAAUAGUACAGAAGAAUCACAGACGGCAGCAGUUCUCCUGAGUGAUGAAAACAUGGACAGAGAGGUAGAUAAUAAUAAAGCAGUUGAGAACACGAAGAACAAAACUGCAGAGAUUGAGAUACCUAAUCAGCCAGAUAUCUCUUCAAAGUUGUAUGAUUUAAAGGUGGGGGAAUCUGAGGAAAAUCUUAUUAAAUCUGGGGAGGAUAAACAGGGUUCAACUAAAGAAGAAAACUCUAUCUCAGUUCAUAAUAUAAAGCCCGCUGAUGAAACCUUGGUUCCAGCAUCUGAGGAAAGUGACAAAAUUCAGCAGCAUAGUGGUGUUAUCCAGGUGCAAGAGAAAACUGAUGAAUUGACUGGAGAAGCAAAGACCAAUGUAUUGAUAGAGAAGGAGGAAUCUAUAGAAAUCCCUAAAGAAACUUCUGCAGCAAAAGAAAAUGAGGAGAAAGAAGUGACCUACACUGAGCAAAAAGAAAUUACAAAGAAUGAUCCUGCAAAAGUUGAGGAGGAAAACACAAAAAGCACUGAGGAUGCCACACAUGAAAGCAGUAAACACCAAGAUGAAUCUCCAUCUCCCAAAUCUACAGCGAAAGCAGAGGCCCAGCAACCAAAAAGCGGUGAUAAAACCCAAAUAACUUCAUCUGUUUUGCAAAAGGAAAAGACUGUAGAAACGAAAGAGUUACAGCAGGCACCUGCAGACAGCAGUCCGAUUCAAAGCUAAAAUCUGACGGUUUAAAAAAAAUGACAGCUUCUGCUGAAGUUAAGAAUGGAUGAUAACACUUUGCAUUCAAAGAGAUAACAGCCAAAAAUAGAGAAGGGCUCAUUAUGCAAAUGGUAAAUUAUGGCACCAGCAGAGUCGAGUACAAAGAACAAUGAAAAUACUGAAUUAUUGUUGUAUUUUCAGCAUUAUCAUUUCAAAAGUACAGAACAUGCUUUUUUUCUUAUUCUUAUUUUGUUUUUGCAGCUUGUCUGACCUCAAAUGUUAAACUGGCUUUAAAAUAUCUUAAA